AUGCUGAAUUGUGUGGGCUCUUGGAUAUUUUUAUUCAUACUCGGAAUAUCAUUUGCUCUGGAGCCGUCUUGUCCUGUAUGCUCGAAAUAUGAGUAUGAAGAGAAGCUGCUAGAAAGGGUUAUCCGAAACGAGUUGGCUCUGAAAGAUACAUUGGACAAGAUAACGGAAACUCAGGCAAAAGUUGAACAUACUUUGACGCAAAUCAAGGACAAACACGACACACUAAAUGACGUCAUACUAGGACUGGAAGUAACGAAACAGAACGUCUCUGAAACUGUCAAGUUGCUCGUGUCAGAGAAUGUUAAGGAUUUUGAAGUUAUGAAGCAGAAACUUAGAAGUAACGUUGACGACUUUAUCAACUUAGGGACGAGGAAUGUCUCAGCAAAUGUUGCAGAAAUGAACUCCUCGAUCCAGUCAUUUUUGGGAAAGAUGUCGAAGGAAGUGGAUAUUUUACGAGCUGGGAGUGUUGUACCCGUGGUGAUGUUCUAUGCCCGUCUUCAGCCUAGUGGCUCGUUCACAUAUACUAAACACCAGGCUGUUGUGUUCAAGACUGUCCUUGUUAACGUAAGCGGAGGAUAUGAUCCUGACACUGGACAAUUUACAGCAUCCGUAGCGGGCGUAUAUAUGUUUACCGUACAGUACUGCACAAUAAGUGGAAAAACGUCUUAUUUUGAAAUUGUCCAUGACGGCAAAUCUGUACAAAGAUCACAACACGGGCAUGCGAACUAUUAUGGUUGCGUGACUAUGCAAGCUUUUGCUAUGGUUGCAAUGGGAGAAAAGGUCUGGGUGAGGUCUACUCUACCCGAUAAUGGGGUCUACCAAGAUGAUGUCAACUAUUGGAACAGUUUUGCUGGAAUGUUGAUUCGCAAUUAA